AUGUCUGCCAACUUGGAUAAAUCUCUAGACGAAAUCAUUGGUACCAACAAAAAGCCUGUCAGAAAGAUCAACAAGAAAGCUCCAAAGAAGGUCUCCAAGCAAAUAGUAGGUGGAAACCGUCGUGGAGCUUCCGUGGCUGCCAUCAGACAGAGACCCGCACCCGUGAAAUCUGCAAACCUGCUGGAACAGGCGUACGGUACCAAAGUGAGCGUGGAAGGUUUGCCAAGAGACAUUAAGCAAGAUGCAGUAAGAGAAUUUUUCUCCUCUCAGGUAGGUGGUGUUGCCAGAAUCCUGUUGAGUUAUAAUGAAAGAGGUUUGUCCACUGGUAUGGCGACCAUCACAUUCAAGAACGUGGAAAAGGCUAGAGAGGCUGUGAAAAAAUUCAACGGUGCCCCCAUCGAUGGCGGCAGAUCCAAGUUGAGACUAAGUUUGAUCAUUGACCCUAGCAAGAAGCCUCUAGCCUCUAGAAUUCAAUCUAUCGUGGAACGCAAGCCUGUUCCAGUAAAGGGUCCCAACAAGAAGGUUGCUGCCGUCAAGAAACAGAAGAGGGAUGACAAGAAGAAGAACGCCCCUAAGGCCAAGCCAGAAAAGAAGAGUCUAGAGCAGCUAGAUCAGGAGAUGGCCGACUACUUCGAAGAGAAGAAGAAUUAA